ACAUUCUGAUCGUAUCAAUGUGAUUUGACCUGAACACCAUGUAGUUCUGUGUUUAUACCCUUAGUGUCACUGCGCACUCCAGCGCUCUGAUAUCGUGGCAGAAAAAUAGGACUCUCGUGCGUGUGUGUCGGUAUUGAAGUCAGAACUUGUCUGGUGUUUCAAUCGUUUAGUUUCACCUGGUGUGACGGACACACGAGCUGACAUUGCUGGUGACCCUCGCCCGAGUUGCUUGAAAGGCGACGUUUUUUUGUUUUUGUUUUUUUUUUUUUGUAUGAACACAAAAAGCAUGGUUUGUUUAGGGACGUUGGAGACUACACCCCUGUAUUGUCUCAGGGGCAGACCUAUGUGGGGGUGUGGAAACCAGUUGUAUUGAAGCUCACUGUGGAUAUGUAAUGCAUCCUUCAGUAUUCCGCUUUGAAGUGGUGUAGAUAUAAAGGAUUCAUCUAGAUUCGAUGUACAUCUCAGUGAUUAAGAAAGCUAUGGACUUCCCCAGUGUGUAAGAGUUAGAGCUAGUUCAUUAGUGGCGUGUGUGUGUGAGUUCUGAGUUAGCAUGUGUUUCUUUGCUGGCCUCGUCGCCGACGUGUGGUAGACUGGCUGGUGGAACAGGUUGGGUGUUUUUAAAUGGCCGAGAAGAUAGGAGUGCGCGGUGACACGAGUAGUUACACCUCACUGAUGGAGUGUAGAUUGAAGAAUUCACAUGUACUAUGUCCAUGUCCUCAAUUGACUGCAUACUGGACUCCUCCCCCGUCCUGGGUCAGAAGGGCCUGCUGUUGUGAGACCAUCUCCAAGAUGUCCCCGUUUGGUUUCAGUGUUUUCAGAGAUGCCAAAACUUGCUGCAUAUUCAUUGGUCUGAUCCUGCUGACCUACUAUCUCAUCAUGGACAUUAUACUCUUUAUGAGGUUCAAGACAGUGGACAUUGUCGAGGAUUCCAAAGCAGGGGCCCAAGAUGAAUUGUACUCGCCCUUCACACACUUGUCCGUCAAAGCCCUGAUGAAUGACCACACCAGCCAGUACAUCAUCAGCCCAAGCGCUGAGUACUUUGACACCAUCACCCAGUUCUCGACCAGGUUUAGCUUCAUCACACCUAACAUCAUCUCUUUCACUCAUCUCUUCUUAGGCUUCCUUUCUGGCAAGUUUGUGGCCUCGGAAAACCUGCACGAUCGCAGGGUGGGUGUGGUCAUCUUCCAUAUCCGAACCUGGCUGGAUGCUUUUGACGGCGUGGUCUUCCGGUCGCAAUCUGGGACACACCUUCAGUUUCAGUCUGUCCGAGCGACUUUGGGAUACUAUGUGGACACCACCUGUGAUGCUCUUGGGGGUGUGUUCCUCUGUUUUGGAAUACUUUUCUAUCUGUGGAAGAGGUUUGACAAGCCAGAGUUGCCUACUUGGACUAAAGCUCAGGAAGCUGCCUCAAAGACUGGGCUCUUAACCAAUGGGCACACUACCAGUGGCAGAGAAACCUACAGUAAAAAGUAUUUAUUCUGGAAAGUCUUCUGCUAUGGCCUGUGCUUGGCUUGCGCUGGGAAAUUUUGGGAUUUGACUGUAGGAGAUUUUAAAGAAAUAUUUCAGACUCCUUUAAAGGAUCCUAAAUUAUCUAUGCUACAGUUUGAACUGUGUCACUCUACCACAACAGUCAUAUUGUUCUACUUGUGGAGAAUAGUUGAGGGACAAGCGUUGUUACAGUAUAUCCUUAUCCCUAUCAUCAUUGACAAAAUAUGGGAGUUCUUAAACUAUACCCAGUAUAUACUCCUAUUCAUUAUAGUUGGUCUCUACCUUAUCUGCCUGUUAUACAUAAGACAUCUAAGGACAACAUUGGGCCUCUAGCUGAAUCGAGUGAAAUCGAAGACUCCAUGCUGUGUGACUACCACAUCGUUUCCUGGCACGCUAGUAAUGUGGCCAUUAGCAUUCUACAGCAGGGCUACAACUCAGCCUCAGGUGUGCCUACCUUGUGAUUGCCUCUACGUCCAACCUUACGUGCCCAGAUUCAUUUUCAGUCUUGUAUUUUUUUAUUUCCUAUAUUUUUUUGUUUUGUUUUGUGGUCGCUACAUUUACUCUCCACCUAAGCAUCAUGUAGUUCCAAUGCACACAAUUACUGGGAGUAUGAUUUCCUCCACGGAUCAUAUGGCCACCCCUCUCUUUGUGUGUCAGCUCAGUAUUCUUUAGAGGACAGUGAUACAAAAUACUCAUAUUUAAGAAUUCUGCUAGUUCCAAAGAACUGCAACUGUCAUCUUCCAUAAAAUUAAAAUUUUACACAUGUAGAGUUAUUCUGUUUCUACACACCUUACUUCAAAUAACAUUGUAUGUUUCUCUGGAUCCAGAUUUAAAUAAUUCACAGUGUAAUAGCAUGACUACUUAUUUGACAUGAUAUUACUGUUUUAAUAUCAGAUACAUAAUUAUAUGUACAAGUUAAUCAAAACAAAGCUGUUGAAGUUAAGUGGUUUGUAACAUACCUGGUCAUGUGGUAUGUGCUCUGGACUGUCAUUUCAAUGGUUCCAGAUUCAUAUCUGUCCUGCCAUCAACCCCUAUCAUCCUUAGGAGGUUCGAGCAAUACUGAAGGAACAUCCAAAACAUGUAACACAAACAACAUAGAUACCUUCAGCGAUAUACACAUUACAAACUGCAUGUUACUAAAAGCUUUUUUUUAAAAAAAAAAAGGGCUAAAACUUUUAGUUUCUUAGUAUUUUAUGAAGGGUACAUAUGUUAUUGUAUGAUUGAAAAAUGUGACAUAUGCUAAACAGAUGAGGCCAGUUAAAAUAUUUAUCAUUAUGUCAUAGAAAGAUAAAACUCGUACGCAUAAUGCUUUGAUCAUCUGCCAUUUUAUUCCUUCAUAUCAAUUCAAAUCACGUUUUAUUUUGUAGUUUUUUUUGCUGCUGAUGUACCCGAUGCUAAGAUCCCUGAAGCUUUUAUGUACAUUGUAAUAUUUAAAAUUUGUAAUAAUAUAAAAGUAUUGUGGGUUUUUGUCCGCUAUGUUUAAAUAUCUAUGAAUUUUGAAAACUUAAGAAUUAGUCACCCCCAUGUACUGGCAGAGAUUUUAUAAAUCUUAUCCUAUGAAAUAUCAAUCUUAUAUUACAAUAUCAACGCAUUUUUUAAAUAGUGUAUUGAAUUUUUAAAAUUUUUUUUUAAUUUUCUAAAUGUUUAGUUAUAGUAUCUCCAAAUUGUUGACAACUUAAAGUUAUAAUAUCAGUUCAACGUUUGUAUUUAUAUUUGGCCAUGACCCAGAACAAAGAGCUUAAACACGGUAGAGUUAAGAGCUGUAGAUUCAUUGCUUACAUUUGUAUAUUGUUUUAUUCUGUUAGUUGGUCUUGAAGUUUAUGAACAUUAACUGUUGCAUAAUAAAACAAUCAAAUAUGUAACAGUAAAAUGAAAUAUGCAUGUUUAAAACACAUUAAUAUGAACUAUUACUUUACCAUCUGCCUAAAAAUAUUUACCUAGAGUAAGAAACAGUCUCCAAUUAAUAUCUAACAUAAAAAGGGUCACAGCACCUUUGGCAUAUUAGAUUUUUUGCAAUAUUUUUUUUGUUCGUUUUCACAUUAUUUCAAAUUGUAGCUCUUGUAGUUUUAACUGCUGCUUUCUUAACUGUCCAGUGUAGACUGUUCAUAUUGUUUCAUAAGGCACACUACAGCAUACUAGUUUUUAUUUUUCUAUUUUAUUUUUCUAUUUUCUUUUGCUUUCAAUGAUAGCAAGAAGGCUUUAAGUGAACUUGUUGUUCGUUUUAAAAAAGCCAAUUAGUUUUCCGACCAUCGUGUUGUAAUACACAUCCAAAAUGUACAUAAUAGUCUACAGGCAUAUAGCAACAUUCAACAUAUUGUUAAAACGACUGAAAUGGCAAUGACUGGAGAGAGGACUUUAUUCAGUUCAGUGUCAGUUAUCUUACUGUCGAGAAUGGGUUUAGUUUUUUUUUUUUUUUUUUUUUUUUUUUUUUUUUUUUUUUUUUUUUUUUAGUUUUAAAACUUGUAGUGCUGAUAAGUACAAUUUUUUACAAUGUCAAUAACUGUACAGGGAUGCCCAAACCUACGGCCCUUGGGCCAUAUCCAGCCCAUGACCUGCAGCCCCAUUGACACUUUUGCUGACGAUAAAGCUGCAGUGUUUCAGUUCCUUUGUGAUUUUUUUCUGAUGAUGUGGCCCUCGGCAAGUGUGCCUGAAAGGAAUACAGUCGUCCCCCCCCCCCCCGGGCUGAAGAAGGUUUGGCAUUGCUGACUCAUAAGCUACUGUUUCACAAACUAUAAUUAACAACUGCUGAAUCAGCUUGUCUGUUUGUGUGUGUGUUCAAGUUAAAAUUUGUAAAAAAAAUAUUUUUUUUUUAUUAUAGUUCAAAAAGAAUGUUGAACGUUUCAUAGAUCUUUACAACUUUUUGGAUUUUUUUUAUGUGUUUCCAACUCUUGUUUGUUUCUUCUCUACACGCUUAUAUUUUUUGUGAAAAUAAAUGUGUUAAAAUAUUGGCUGCAGUUUGUUAAGUAGAGAGAGAGAGGAGGUCAGAUGAAGCCAGAGUUUAACUUUCUUUUUGUUAUUGUUAUUACCUAGAAAACAGUCGCCUAAGUUGGUUUUUUUUCUUAUGUAAGGAAAAAUUGAGCUUAACCUGCAGUCCAACACAAAUAUGUUUUAAAAAUAUUGGUUUGCGAUGUAGAAAAUCUGACAUAGAAUAAAUAAAUUUAAUAUAAAUUGAAACUAAAUUAUUGGAAAACUCAACCGUAAAAUAUUACUUAGACAUUGUCCUGUUUGAUCAUCUGUUAUUGUCUGGCCGCAUUCUCAUUGUAGGAGUGUUGUCACUAGCUCAUGUUGUGUUCCUUACAAUUGAUACAUAUAUCUUGAUAUAUAUAUAUAUAUAUAUUACGUAAAAUAUACAUACAUUUCAAUUAUUCUCUUUUCAAUUCUGCAUGGACAUCAAUACCUUGAGUAAAAAUGUUUCUUGACUUUAACAUUUCCAAGGAAUGUUCUUUUCUGCCAGAUUCAAAGGGAAAUAACUAUUAGGAAUAAUUCAGGAGUACUCCAGUUUAAAAUGUUAGCCAGUUUAAGCGCCUAUUGUGAUAUCACUUGUUAUUGUUUUCUGUGAAACUGAAAGGACAUAAUGCAUGUAUAGUCUGCUAGAUGUUCUCAGGUCUGUUGGUUUCUUGUAAAUAAUGUCCUGGAGAUAGAGAUUACAUUUGGGCACUUUUUUUGUUGCGCUCUGCUAGACUUAACAUAUUGUGAAGGCAAUGCACUAAUCAUCAUUUUAGUCUGUGGAAAAUUCAUGCAAUAUAUUUGAAAGUUAUGAUUGUGCUCUUGGGGCAGUUACUUGUACAAAUGUAAACACAUUCCUUAAAUUUAUUUACUUACAGGAUUCAAUAACUUGUCAAAUAGAACUGUGUUAUUGGUGGCAACAUUUUUUUUUCCAAUAAUUCUUUAAUAAGUCUUUUGUUUUUUUUUCUUUAAUCAUUUUAUUAACCAUCUUGUGUUGUCUUUUUUUUUUUUGUCUGUGUUGUGUAAAAGUAAUGUUUUGUAGUUUUGAUUCUCUUGGGCUAAAAUGAAAAUAUUGUUCUGCCUUGAUAUCACAUCAAAAAGUGUUUUUUUAUAUCACAUUCGGCGAUGUAUUAAUGUAAAGAUUAUUUGCUUCAAAAAUGUUUCGGUGUCUUCUAUUGAACUGCAAAUCUGAAGUGUUAGUAAAUGAGUAUCUUCCAGACUGAACUCUGCUUACAAAGUUGGUUAGACUUUUUUUUUUUCAGAGAACUUGUCAAUCUUUGAUACCAUUAUAUCAAUUGCAAUGAUACCAUUAUAUCAAUUGCAAAUAAAUUACUGUGUACUUGUCAAAUAAUUACAUAUCAAAAUUCAGUUGGGUUAUAUGUCAAUUUUUAUAUGUCAACUUUUCUCAACUUUAAGGAAACCUUUUUUUUUAAGGCUUGUCAUUCUACCUGUGAAACUUGCCUAUAUAAUUUAAAAAAACAAAACAUGACAUUUUAUGAAAUUUAAUCUGGUCAUUUAUUCAAAUACAAUAGAGUUUUAUGGAAACAUUUUUUUCUUUCAAUUAGAUCAAAUACCUUCGGAUGAAGAUUUCAGAUGAAAUUUAGAUUUUACUCUAGUCAUUCCCAAAAUGAAUCAUUUUAUCUAUAAAGUAAGGGAGAUAAUACAAAAAUCUGUUUCAUUACUAUAUUUUGUAAUACAAAUAUGUUAAACAGAGAGGUCAAAGUGUGUCCACCGAAGAGUUCUACCAAUAGUUUUGAAAGUUUCUAUUAUCAUAUUUAGCUCACAUCUGCUUAAUUCUGCGUACUUUGUACGUUACUGAUUUGAUUUUUAUCAAGUUACAUUUGUACCUGUGUUAGCAUUUGUAUUACCAGUGUUAGCAUUUUUAUAUAUGUACAAGAUUUUUUUGAAAGAAAUUAAUGUUUUUUCUAACAGCGUUUAUUUUUUUACAAAAAUAUUCCAGGAAAUUUAGUGAUUAGCAAUAGUAGACAUAGACUCGAGGCUAUUAUAAUUGAAGUAAUAAAUGAUACAGAAGUGUCAUAGAUGACAGGAGACAAUUUGGUGAAUAUGUGGGCAAAUAAAUCAACCUAAGUAAAGAUAAUUUAUCAGAUUUGAUAAUCCCAAAGAAGCUAUUAUAGUAAGAGACUUAAACACCAGAGUAUCCAUUUCUGGAUGUGGGCACUGAGGGAGGAGUAGUCCCUGAGCUAAUUACUUUGUUUUAGAAUUUGAAGUGUUUUGUUCUUUUGGUUUCAUCUACCAUAUAUUGGGCCCAUAUGACCUGCACAUGCAUAUAUCACGCACAAAUUGACUUGCCGUAAACUUGUCACAGUAAAUUACUGGUAAAUCAAAGAUUCUCUGCCGCAUCGGUACUCUUUGUUUUCUUGAGGCUUAGAAUGAGAUGUGCAUAAAACUUUCCAAUGCACAUUUCAAAGCUACACAGCGAACUAUAGGAGGUAUAAAGGCCACCGGUACGUCCAUAGAUUUGUUACCCCAUGUUAAUGGGGAAAAAGAAAUUUUGUAUACCAAGCACAGCUGCCAUCGGUUUGUAAAAACCGUUUGAUCGUCUUAUGAGCUGAGCCGAAGGCUCUUUGAGCAAAAGUUUGAAAAAAAAACCUGUCUGGGCGCCAAACAGUAAAAAAAAAAAACCUGCGUGAACACACAGUUCUGUUUGAGAGGAGACCCGAGUCAAUACCUAUGUAAAGAAUUGCUGUUUCCAAUGCCUUUGGCCCCGGACGCAUGCUUGGCUGAACAUGGCUGAAGGCCGAGGACACCGGGAGCCUCCGCCAUUUUCCUUCGUUAUACCAAGCUAUACUCGCUAUUUAUGUAUCAGUCCCAUUGAGGAACAGCGCAUGGAUGUGUGACAGGUUUAUGGGGACUCUUUUGCAACUCCGCCCGUGCAAUGAGUGGACUCUCGUCUACCCAUGGGCAUCCCCAGGGGAGUUAUGUUUCGCCAUUCAUUUAGCCUAGUUACCCCCUCAAGUAACCGUUUCCACCUGGGUGCCAUGAUGAGGCAGAACAGCGUACCCAGGGUUUGUAAAAACCUGAAUAACUUGUGGGUUAUAUGUGUUAAAAUACGGUAUUUCUGUGUAGCUUUUGGGCUGUAUGACUAAGGGAGAGCAAUUGACUGUUGUAAAAGCCACAGUGUAAUCUCAUAAACAUUUCUUAAUUCUAUGUCUACUGGCCUUAGCCCUUUUUCCUUUGACCAGAGUACCGCUUUCAAUUAUUUUACAUAAUAAAUUUGCAUAAUGAAAGAAAUUUGAAAUCUAUGUUUGGUUUCAAUCUAUUUGUUUAGUUUCUUUUGGAGAUUUUCACUAGGUGAAAAUAAAACAAAUUCAUGUUUUUAAUAAGAUGAGAAAUUGUAUUAGACAUCAUAAUAAUGAAAUCAGUCAUUCAAUCCUUUUGAAAUAUGAUUAUUUUUUUUUGGCAAGUCUUAGUAAUUGUGUUAUGUACUUUUCAAAGGAAGCAAUGAUUGUUGAUGGAACAAAGCAAUUAUUUUUGUUUGCAAGAGCUGAUAAAAUGAGGCUAGAAAAAUAACUUUAAACCUUCUCUUGAGUAAACUAGUAGUGCAAGUUUUAUGAGAAAAUUCCCCACACGCCCUUUUUUUGUUCCCCUGCCACCAUUAUGUAACUCAUAAACGAGAUAAUUAUUUGUUCUCGCCAUUUAAGUGGUAGAUGUUACAUUUCAGCGAUAUGGUGGCCCCAUCAUUUGUUUCAUCUUAUUUGCUUUGAGUGUUGGCUGUGGGUUAAAACUAUGUUGCACCGUCCCAUCCAUCCAUUUCAUUUUUUUGUAAUGUAUAUACAGGUUAGUGCAGAAUGGUAGAACUCUUCUGUGCUGUUUGGUUAGUGUGUGCAUUUUGGUUUGGUGUGGAUUGUUUAAUUUCCAUUAUUGUUUCCAGUUUAUAUAGAAUGUAGGAUUCCUACACUUGUUUAUAAAUGAUAUAUACAAAUAUAUAUAUAUAUAUAUAUAUAUAUAUAUUCUAUACUAUUAUAUAUUUAUAUGUAGCUCUAUAUAGUGUGUUUCUGGUUUGUUUGAAAUAUUUGCCUUAAUAAGACAGGAACUCAAACAAAGUUUAGAGUGGACUGCCAGUGUAUGUGCUGCUCUAAAGUUGUAGUCCAGGUUCUUUUUGCAAUUUAUUAAAAGAUACAAAGAGA